AUGAAUCCAGCAAAGGCUUUUCCUAUUGUACAAAGCUAUGUCAAUUUAGCCAUAGUCGAAAGCAAAGCUCAACAAAAGAAAGCAAAGAAAUUUCUUGAUGCUCAAGCUCAACAUACAGAUGCAACCGUCGGUAGAUAUGAAAAGAACUAUGGCGCCAAGAAGUCGAUUGCUGUAAGAGAGAUUUUCGAAGCAUGCAAAGGCGAAACACAACAGGUGCUUAUUUUUGGACCGGCUGGUAUUGGCAAAACAACAUUGUGCCGUUAUAUAGCCUACCAAUGGGCAACUGAGAAACUUUGGCCACAAUUCAAAUUCCUCAUUUGGAUCCGUCUACGUUUCUUGACAGAUAGUCGUUAUCCUCCACUAUCAAAUGGCGAGCAAUAUUCUAUACUUGAUAUUGUGGAAAAAGCAUGCUUCAACCACACUCUCUCUAGAGAGGAAAAGAUAUCUUUGAGAGAAUUGUUCGAACAAAGUAAAGUUCUAUGGCUUUUAGAUGGGAUUGCUGAAAUUGGGCAAAAUGUGCCAAAACAACUGGAAUCAUCAUUCAAACAGUUGCUAAAAUCUCCAUACAUGAUUCUGACAUCUCGUCCAUAUUUUAGUGCUAGACCAUCGUAUGAAGUACAAUAUGAAAUUACAGGAUUCACGAAUGAGAAUAUUGAUUUCUACGUGAAGCAAUUUUUUGACCGGAUUAAUAAUGAGUCGAAUGAUACAUCGAGCAAACAUGAUAAUUUGUUGUCGUUCUUGAAGUUGAAGUCUACCAUUUGGGGAAUUGCACAUAUUCCGAUUAAUCUAGAACUAAUUUGCAGUCUCUGGGCCAACGGGCAAUCGUUUAAAUCCAAGAAGAUGACUAUGACGCAGCUUUACAACGAAAUUAUAGAAUGGUUAUUUCGACGAUAUUUGGAAAGACAAAACGUUGGUGAUCAACUUAAUAAAGAGGGCAUCUAUAAUGUCUGUCACAAAGAACUAACUGCUCUAGAGAAAAUUGCCUUUCAUGCAAUGAAGAGUGACAACUUGAUUAUUGAGAAGAAGAUGUUACAAAACGUACUAAAAGAAAUUGAAUUCUCAGCCCCAAAUCGUCAAGAACUAUUUACAAAACUGCUUACUAUUGGUAUUCUGAAAUCGUUGUCCCAAGAACCUAUUGGCACUAAAAUUGCAAUAGAGAAAGAUUACUAUUUUAUUCAUUUGAGUUUCCAAGAAUUUUUUGCAGCACGAUAUUUGGUUAAUGCUCUACGCUAUGGUGAUAACAAGUAUUAUCAAGAAGCGAUUCACUUUAUCAAACACGAAAAGUACAACCAACGCUUUCUCUUACUGUUUAUAUAUGCAUCAGGUCUGUUAACCGAAGAAGGUCCUAUAUCGCGGGCAGAAAUAUUUUUCGAAACAAUGUCAUCGGAACCAACAGACUUACUGGGUGCAAGGCAUAUACAGUUGGUUAUUCGUUUUCUUGAAGAAGCCGGUGGAGCUAAUGCAAUAAAGCGACGUGUAAUGUGGUUAGAUCAUAUAUCGAAGUGGCUACAAUGCGCUGCAAAUAACACGCAUGCCAUUACGCUUUUUGCAUGGUUGAUUGCUUCACUUCGACAAAGUCCUUCGGUUGUACGUGAUGCCAUAAUAAUACAUACAUUCUUUGUUUUGCUCAGGGAUACGAACAACGGCGUGAGAACGCGAACCGCUGAAAUAAUUUCCGCUUUACACCUCAACCAGAUGUUUCCAGAGUUCACAACCGCCUUAAAGAACGCACUCGGCGACACCGAGAUUGGCGUAAGACAGAAUGCCGCUAUAGCUCUCGGUAAUAUGGGUGAGAGUGCAGCUAAGCCUGACGUCAUCAAAGGAUUGUUGACUGCACUUCUAGACAAGGAAGACGUUGUCAGAAUAUAUGCAGUUGAAGCUAUUGGCAAAAUGGGCGAAAGUGCAGCUCAGCCUGACGUUAUCAAAGGAUUGUUGACUGCAGUUGGUGAUAAGCAGCACGUUGUCAGAGGAUGUGCAGUUGAAGCUCUCGGUAAAAUGGGUAAAGGUGCAGCUAAGCCUCAGGUGAUCAAAGCGUUGUUGACUGCACUUGGAGAUAAGGAAGACGUUAUCAGAAGACAUGCAGCUGAAGCUCUCGGUAAAAUGGGUGCAGGUGCAGCUAAGACUGACGUCAUCAAAGUAUUAUUGAGUGCACUUAGUGGUGAGGAAGACGUUAUGAGGAGACAUGUAGCUGAAGCUCUCGGUGAAAUGGGUGAAAGUGCAGCUAAGACUGAGCUGAUCGAAGGAUUGUUGACUGGACUUGGUGAUGGACAACACGUUGUCAGAAGAUGUGCAGCUGAAGCUCUCGGUAAAAUGGGUGAAGGUACAGCUAAGCCUGACGUCAUCAACGCAUUGUUGACUGCCCUUGGCGAUAAGGACGAGGUUGUCCGAAUAUAUGCAGCAGAAGCUCUCGGUAACAUAGGUGAAAGUGCAGCUAAACCUGAUGUCAUCAAAACAUCGCUGAGUGCACUUAGCGAUAAAGAAGACGUUAUGAGAAGGUAUGCAGCUGAAGCGCUUGGUAAAAUGGGUGAAGGUGCAGCUAAGCCUGACGUGAUCAAAGCAUUGUUGGCUGCCCUUGGCGAUAAGGACCAUAUUCUCGGAAUAUAUGCAGGUGAAGCUCUUGGUAAAAUGGGUGAAAGUGCAGCCAAAUCUGAGCUGAUCGAAGGAUUGUUGACUGCACUUGGAGAUAAGCAACACGUUGUCAGAAGAUGUGCAGCUGACGUUCUCGGUAAAAUGGGUGAAGGUGCAGCAAAGCCUGACGUUAUCAAAGCAUUGUUUACUGCCCUUGGCGAUAAGGACCAGGUUGUCGGAACAUAUGCAGCUGAAGCUCUCGGUAAAAUGGGUGAAAGUGCAGCUAAACCUGAGCUGAUCGAAGAAUGGUUGAGUGCACUUAGAGAUAAGCAACACGUUAUCAGAAGAUGUGCAGUUGAAGCUCUCGGUAAAAUGGGUGGAAGUGCAGCUAAACCUAACGUGAUCAAAGCAUUAUUGAGUGCACUUAGCGAUAAGGAAGACGUUAUCAGAAGAUGUGCAGCUGAAGCUCUCGGCCGAAUGAUUGGAAGCGAGAAGAUGACAGGCGCGCCACAUUUUAGUGCUGAUGCAGUUUUGAAAUUGUUUGAAAACAAAUGGCUUCUGAUGGACUCCUCUUGUAUUAAUUCAACUGAUCUCCUUAACGCUGUGUUGCAAACGAGAGUGGAUUCAUGGCUUCCACUCACAUUUUUUGUUGCCUUAUAUGAAGGGACCGCGGUAACUAUUGUGGCGCAGAGUUUGAAACAUUAUCGUAACUACUCAGUGGAGAAAUUCAACUUGGCCAGUCACGGUAACGAUAGGUUGUUCAGAAGAAUUACGCAAACGUUUGCGGAAGAAGCAGAAAAACUUGGUUGGCCUCGCGAAUGUUAG